GGAGGGGCAGAGGGGGGGGUGGAUGAGGCUUUUGGGGAGACAGAUGGGGACUUUGAGGACAGAGGGCUUUUGAAGGGACAGUUUCAGAGAACAGUGUUGGAUGGGGUCAUUUGGGGAGAUAAUUUGGAUGCUAUUUGGGGGGAACAUUUUUGGAAAAAGACUGACAUUUGGAGGACAGUUUCAGAGGACAUUUGAGAGAUUUUGUGGAGGAUAUUUUUGGGACAGAUGAUGGGGUCAUUUGGGGGGACAGUUUUAGAAAACACAGCAAGAACUUUGGGGAGACAUUUUAGAAUGCAUUUCAGUUUUGGGGAACAGAUCUCGGAGGACAUUUGGGUGACAUUUGUGGUAUUUCAGGGGUAGUGGUAGAAGGAUAAAUGGCAAAGGAUGGUUACAAGGAACAUUUAAAGGGACAUUUUAGGGGUUCCUGAGGGAAAGCUGUGGGGAGCAGUUUGAUAGGGUGAUGUUGGGAAGAUGGCUGUUCACUAAGGGACUGGUGUCUAGGCAUGGGGGGCAUGUGGGGAAAGAUGUUGGGGGCUUAGUGGGAGGAUGCUGACACGGGGUAUUGGGUGAACCAGUGGGGUGAUGGGCCCAGGGACAGAGGCUGGGAGGCACUGGCUUGGAGGACCCUGCCUCAGACUCCCACCAAGACCACCUCCCCCCACAGCUGCGGCUCAGUCCCACCGACCUUGGCUCCUGCCCUCCCUGUGGUCCCUGUCCCAUCCCGAAGCCGGCAGCCAGAGUCAGGCGCCAGAGCCAGGACUGGGGCAAAAGCGACGAGCGGCUGCUGCAGGCUGUGGAGAACAAUGAUGCCGCACGGGUGGCCUCCCUCAUCGUCCGCAAGGGCCUGGUGCCCACGAAGCUGGACCCCGAGGGCAAGUCCGCCUAUGAGGGGUGCAGCUAGCUGUCUGGAGGUGAUGCUGGCACACGGCGCCAACGUCAUGAGCACAGACGGGGCAGGUUACAAUGCCCUCCACCUGGCUGCCAAAUAUGGGCACCCACAAUGUUUGAAGCAGCUGCUCCAGGCAUCCUGCGUGGUGGACAUUGUGGACAGCAGUGGGUGGACGGCCUUGCAUCAUGCAGCGGCUGGUGGCUGCAUCUCUUGCUCAGAAAUGCUCUGCUCCUUCAAGGCACAUCUGAAUCCGCGGGAUCGGUUGGGUACCACGCCCCUCAUCAUCGCAGCUCAGAUGUGCCACACAGACCUGUGCCGCCUCCUCCUGCAGCAGGGGGCCGCCGUGAACGACCAGGACCUGCAAGGCAGGACAGCCCUCAUGCUGGCCUGUGAGGGGGCUAACCCUGAAACAGUGGAGGUGCUGCUGCAGGGAGGGGCCCAGCCAGGCAUCACGGACGCACUGGGCCAGGAUGCUGCUCACUACGGCACCCUGGCAGGGGACAAACUUAUCCUGCACCUCCUGCAGGAGGCGGCCCAGCGGCCCUCACCACCCAGCGAGGAAGACUCGGGCGAGGCAUCCUCUCAGAACUCAGUGUCCAGCCAUGAGAAGCGAGGGGCUCGCAAGAAGCGGAAGGCACCUCCGCCUCCCUCCAGCACCCCUGUGCCGGUACGAGAUGCCCAGGCCACGGAGAAGAAUGGGGGCCCUCAGGAUGAUCGAGAUGCCUAUGAGGAGAUUGUGCGGCUGCGACAGGAGAAGGGCCGCCUGCUUCAGAAGAUCCGGGGCUUGGAGCAGCACAAGGAGCGGAGGAAGCAGGAGCUGCCCGAGGCGGAGGCCAGCUCCCUGCACAGCCUGGAGAGACAGGUGCAAGAGCUUCAGCAGCUGUUGGCAGAGAAGCAGGAGGAGAAGGAGAGUCUGGGACGGGAGGUGGAGAGUUUGCAGAGCCGGCUGUCCCUGCUGGAGAAUGAGCGGGAGAACACCAGCUAUGACGUGGCCACCCUGCAGGAUGAGGAGGGUGAGCUGCCCGACUUCCCAGGGGCCGAGACAUUGCUCUCCAAGCAGCUGAGCCCGUCAGCCCAGGAGCUGUUGGCCUCGCUGCAGGAACAGGUGGCCACCCUCACCAGACAGAACCAGGAGCUGAUGGAGAAGGUCCAGGUCCUGGAGAACUUUGAGAAGGAUGAAAUGGAGGCACACGGGUCCGCCGAGGUCGUCCCCCUGGCCCUCUAUGACUCUCUCCGGGCUGAGUUUGACCAGCUGCGCAGGCAGCAUGCCGAGGCCGUGCGGGUGCUGGAGCAGCAGGACGUACAGGGGAGCCCCAGAGAAGAGAAGGCAGCCCCUGGGGAACGCAAGGACACAGGAGCCAAGACCACCCAGAAUGGUCCAACAGAAAUGGAGACUGAUGGCACCGUGGCUCCCGAAACAAAAGUUAAUGGAGCGGAGACCACAGAUGAUGGGGCUGCAGAAGUCGGAACCUCGGAAGCCAGGACUUCGGAAGCAGCAUCCACAGGGACCGAGGUCAUGGAAACUAAAGCCAGGGACAGUCAGGCCGUGGAAACAGAGGGUGCGGGAGCCGAGGCUUUGGAAACAAAGGCCACAGGGACCGAGGUCACAGAAACGAAAGCUCCAGGAGGAGGAGGAGACCGGGAAACGCAGGCCGCGGGAGCAGAGGCCACAACUCUGAGAGUAGAGGAACCAGGAAUGAAGGCCAGUGGAGGGAGUGAAGUGGAGGGAGAGCUCAGAGGCACAGAGACCACAAAUGCGGAGGCCACGGGAGUGGAGGCCACCCCCCCUAGUGUCUCCUCUGGCCCCGUGCUACACCCUGGUGCUGCCGAGGCCUCGGAAAAGCUGCAAAACGAAUUGGAGACUAGGAUUCGAGGCUUGGAGGAGGCACUCUGGCAGCGGGAGCGGGAGGCAGCCACCGAGCUGGAGGCAGCCCGUGGCAAGUUGGAGGCCACAGAGGGCGAGGCUGACCGGCUGCCGGAGCGGGUGUGUGAGGCUGGUGGUGGUGACAUGGUCCAACUGCGGGCGGCCCUGGAGCAGGCCCGGGAGGACCUCCGAGACCGGGACUCCCGCCUCCGGGAGCUGGAGGCCACCUUGGCCUGGCUGGAUGAGGCCCGAGCGGCCAGGCUGCUGGCCGAGGAGGAGGCUCGGGGCCUGCGGGCAGAGCUGGCCCAGCGGGAGGAGGUGAGGCUGGAGCAAAUGCGGGAGCUGGAGGUGCUACGGGAGCAGCUGGCCACUUCCACGGCCGCGGAGGAAAAGCAGCGGACGGCCGCCGCGGAGCUGAGCCAGGCUCGGGAAGCAGCAGAGGCCCGGGCCGCUGAGCUGGCCGAGGCCUGCGAGGAGGCUCGGCGGGGCCUGGCAGAGCUGCACGAGGCCUCCGAGGCGCUCCGCCAGUCGGCGGUGCCAGCCUCGGAGCAUCACCGGCUGCAGGAGGAGGCCCUCGAGCUGCGGGGCCGGGCGGCCAGCCUGGAGCAGGAGGUGGUGGCCACGGGCAAGGAGGCUGCCCGGCUGCGGGCAGAGCUAGAGCGGGAGCGUGUGGGCAGUGUGGCCCGCUUGGAGCACGAGCGCAUAGUGGGUGCCCUUCAGGCCGACGUGGCCCGGCUGGAGGGGCAGCUGGAGGAGCUAGGACGCCGCCACGAAAAGACCAGCGCAGAGGUCUUCCAGGUGCAGCGUGAGGCCCUAUUCAUGAAGAGUGAGCGACACGCAGCGGAGGCCCAGCUGGCCACGGCAGAGCAGCAGCUGCGUGGGCUGCGCACGGAGGCUGAGAAGGCACGCCAGGCCCAGAGCCGCGCCCAGGAGGCCCUGGAUAGGGCCAAAGAGAAGGACAAGAAGAUCACAGAGCUCUCCAAGGAGGUCUUCAGUCUGAAGGAGGCGCUGAAGGACCAGCCAGCAGUGCCCGGCAGCUCCCAGGUGGAGGCCCUGCGCGGCCAGGUGGAGGCCCUGCAGGGGCAGCUGGAGGAAGCUGCCCGGGAGCACAGCGCGGUGGUGGCCCUGUACCGCAGCCACCUCCUGCACGCCAUCCAGGGCCAGAUGGACGAAGAUGUGCAGCGGAUUCUGAGCCAGAUCCUGCAGAUGCAGAGACUCCAGGCUCAGGGACGCUAAGCCUCGGGACGCGGGCCCUGCUUGCUCGGGCCUGCCCGGGGCGCGGUGGGGCUCACACUGACCUUCCGGGCUCGGAGAUGAGCCGGCCCCGGCCCGGCUGUCCCUGGUGUCCACGUCUCAGGCCCUGCCCCUGCCCCUGCACCUGCCAUCGGAGACUCUGCGAGUUCCCUCGCUCACGCCCUGUCUUCGCCAGACUCCACCCCCGGAAUAAAGCUCACGGAGCCCA